AUGGCCGAAUCCGCGCCUCUGCUUGAUCAGUCUCACGACGAAAAUAACAAUCAUGCUAUUGGGAGCUCUCAACCCAGCCGCUCAGUAACGAGGAAGCUGCAAACUACUACGUUGCUUCUUUCGGUUGUUGCACUUGGAGUGGUCAUCGCAAACUUCAUCGUACUGCGAAAUGCCCCACUGGGACAGUACGGUUCCUGGCAGGCUGAAGACUCAACGCGAGGGCUCGCUAUAUGGUUACUCGUCUCAGUCAUCAGUUCGAUCGUCUGCAUUGCCGUCACAUUCCCCCUCCUAAUCAACGUCAUUGCCGAUGCCGUGUUGGCAUCAGGCGUGUUGGUUUGGGCAAUUGCGAUUGUGACCAGUCUACCUACAGCGGAGUGGUGCAGGCGCUUCAAGUAUCCACACUAUCCUAGCCCAGAUCCACCUGAGGAGUUACCCCCUCUCCCCAAAUGCGAAGAAACGAAGAUAAUUAUCAGAUGGCUGAUGGUUGCAGGCGGUGUAAUUGGAAUCAUUGUAGGUGUGAUCUACAUCGCCUUGGCUGUUAUUCGUUCCAUUGCCAUUCUCAGAAGCAAGUUUUGGAGAAGUGGAUCAUUCACUCUUGGGAACGGGGAGAUUACGUUCCAAAUUUCUCUGAAGAUCCGUCGAGGAGAUGGGGCAACAUCUGUGGAACAAACCCUCGACGAUGCAGGUCCAUCCUCCGGACGCGGACCGUUGCAUAUAUAA